CAUAUACCGUGGCGAGGCACCGAUUCGGUUCGGAGACUCUGCUUGCCAGUGAUUUCUGUGGAUUCCGGGAAGAAGGAGGACGGGAUGGCGGAGAUGAGGGGCUGAUUGUGCUGGGCUCCUAACACCUGGUGAAUGAGCGCUGUGGCCUGCUGGGAACAGGACUUCUAAAAGGCAGAUAUGUCUGGAAGGUUGUGGUGCAAAGCCAUUUUUGCUGGCUAUAAGCGGGGUCUCCGGAACCAAAGGGAGCACACAGCUCUUCUAAAAAUUGAAGGUGUUUAUGCCAGAGAUGAAACCGAGUUCUAUUUGGGCAAAAGAUGUGCUUAUGUGUACAAAGCAAAAAACAACACUGUGACUCCUGGUGGCAAACCAAACAAAACCAGAGUAAUCUGGGGAAAGGUAACUCGUGCCCAUGGAAAUAGUGGCAUGGUUCGGGCCAAAUUCCGAAGCAACCUUCCUGCUAAGGCCAUUGGACACAGAAUCCGUGUGAUGCUGUACCCCUCAAGGAUUUAAACUAAUGGAAAAUAAAGAUGGAUUUGUGUUCUUAUA